CCGUACUGUUUGAGGCAAUACAUGAAGUAAAACUUUUUAUAAAAUGUCAACGUAAAUCUUUGUAAAACGUAUUAUUUGGCUUUUAUCUGAUAUGUACCUAAAACCUAUCGAUAUCCCUUCCUAUCGUACCUGUACUCCUAUCGGUGCUUCCCAACACAGACGUUUUACGCGUUGUGCAACACCGUUGAUGAUUUUCAAUAUUGCUUUGAAAACACUUGAUUUUUUUAGUCGAAAUUGUCAGAUUUUGUUAUGAUUAGUUUGUAAACAGUGCGCGCUCCAAGUUCAAGACUAAACAAAGACGGCCUGGAAGCCUUCGAUGCGUGGCCAGCCAGCGGCAGAUGCAAGGACAGCGAAUGCUGAGCAGCGGCAACAGAAUUUAAGGUCACAGCAACAAAAGGGACAUCAACAUCGAUUUUUUUGCACCCUUUUUUUUGUGAAGCACAAUCUUGGCAAGCGCUCGGCCGGUUUUGAGCGAACAAAGGAAAAACUAAGCGGGUGUGGGGGGUGUGAAUACAGCGGAUUUCAGUGAAGAUGAGUGGCGGCGGCGGUGAGGAGGAGGAGCAAACGCAGCAGCAGCGGCAGCAUCAACACCAGCUGCCAGGUGUGUCCUCCAGUCCUUCGGGAUCUGGUGCGGCAGCUGGUCGGGCCACGCCAGAAAUGAAGCGAUCGGCGGUGCGCAGCCUGAUACAGAGAUACUUCCACCAGCUGCAGUCCGGCUGCGGGAAUGCCCACUGUACCAACGACAACUGCGCAUCCAGCGGCAAGGUGGCGCCCAUGACGCCCAAUGAGGUGGCUGCCAAAGCCCUACAACUCUUCUCACAGGAUGCUCAGCUCUGCGAGGCGACUGCUUCGCCAACCAGCAGCCCCCAGGAUGUGGACAUGCUGUCGCCCAACGAUACCAGCAGCAGUAGCAGCGGCAGCUCCACCAGCACGAUUACCUCUGCCAGCACCACCACCACCACCAGCACCCAGUCACAGAGCGCGCCAGUUGCCGCUGUAGUGGCGACUCCUGCUUCUGGCGCUCCUGACAGUUCAAUCCCUGUUCAGAGUGUGCCGCAGCUGGAUCUCGAUGGCCCAGGUAACGCUGAGCCAUCAUCCGUCGGCUCUGAACCUUCUACACCCACCCUGCCAGUAGUACAGAGCCUGGAUGCCAACACUCUGAUAACUCUCUAUGAGGAGUGCAGGGCGGCGGACAACUACGACAGGAUUACCAAAGCAAUCGACUAUGUAUUCGGAUCCGUGGACCUACUGAGUAACAGCUUCAUACGCAACGCAGAACCAGUGGUGUCUAGUAGUUUACAGGAGCUAUUGGAUAAUAUACCAGAGCCACUAAACAAAGAACAGUUGCGAGCGUUAGAGGGUGAGCACGACAAAGACGAGGACUGUACCCAAAAAGAGGAGGAAGAGGCAGCCGGAGCAGAUUCUGAGGCGCCGUCCGCUGGGGAAGUAUUAGUUACAACCGAUACCGAAGCAGAGACCGAGGACGAUGACGUGCCCAUGGCUCAACCUGAGGCAGCUUCCCAAACGGAGGAGGACGAUAAGAUGGAGAGCAGCGACACGCUGGUGGAUUUUCAGGGACUGCGACGCGUUCAGCGUCUGCUUUUCGAUUGUCAUACGCGAGAGAAGCUGACCAUCAGCGUCAUGAAUCUGGCGGAAUGGGUGCAAUACAUCCGGUACGACUGGGAGAAGGUGAUUCACUGCCUGGUCAUCUGCUUCGACCUGGCUACCAAUACGAACAACGGCGCCGUGGACAUUGACUAUCUGGACCGGGCGCUGCCCAAGCUAUGUCAAGCGGCGGCCUUCAUGCCCGUGGCGGCACAGGCUCGUCUGGCCAGGAUAUGGGCAGUACAUUGUUCGGAUCAGUUACAGUCUCUAGUUGCCGCCUGUCAGCAGCAAAUCACAUUACAGGUACUCCUCGACGAAGAGUCCAUGAGGGAAAACAGAUCCAUUAUUGGCGUGACCAAAGUUUUAAAGAUUAUCUUCUAUGCCAACAUCCUGGCCAGUGAGUUGGAGCUACCCUCUUGCAAGGUGCCCAUAGAGGAUCGAGCAGAGACCCCAGCCACAUCUGCAUCCUCAAGUGGACCCGUUGAGGAUGAUUUGUUCGUUUACAGCUCAGUGAAUCAACCGCAUAUGCCCAAGUUCGCCGAGGACCAGCUGGAGAAGGCGCUGCAAGUGUCGGCCAUCGACUGCCGGCGGCCGUUGGUGCCGCUGGAGGAGUUUUACAACGAGGCACUCAGCGAGAACAUCCAGAUGCACCACGACUACCUCUCAUACAAGACGCUGGCCAUGGAGAGCGAAAUGGGCUCUGGCCAAACCAACUACUUCUCCUUCAUGCUCUACGCUUUUAUCCUAACGCCGGCGACCAAGGUGGAUGCCCUAUACUACGAUAGCCGUAUGCGGAUGUACAGUGAGCGGUACUCGUCGCUUUACUCCAUUCUCAACAACUUCGGGCAGGAUGGUCAGGAUGGUACUCCCAGGCCGGAUCUUAAGUUGACGGUGCGCCGGGAUCAGCUUAUUAACGAUGCUCUCAUCGGGCUGGAACUGGUGGCCAUGAGCAAUCCAAAGGAUCUCAAGAAGCAGCUUGUGGUGGAGUUUGUUGGCGAGCAGGGCAUCGAUGAGGGCGGCGUAUCCAAAGAGUUCUUCCAGUUAAUUGUGGAGGAGAUUUUUAAUCCCGCUUUCGGGAUGUUUGUCCAGCAGGAAGAGACCAAUAAUAUGUGGUUCAACGCCACACCCUUUGAGAAUGGGGCUCAAUUCACAUUGAUUGGGAUUAUCAUCGGUCUGGCGAUCUACAAUAAUGUAAUCCUGGCUGUUAACUUUCCCAUGGUGGUCUACCGCAAGCUGAUGGGAUACUGCGGAACCUUUGCGGACCUUAACGACUGGAGUCCCACGCUUUAUAAGAGUUUAAAGUCCAUGCUGGACUACCAGGGCCAGGACAUGGAAGAGGUGUUCGAUCAGACCUUCAAGAUCAGCUACAGCAACGUCUUCGGAGAGAUGGUGGAGCACGAGCUGGUGCCCCACGGCAAGGAUGUCGUGGUGGGGCAGCACAACAAGCAGCUGUUCGUGAAUCUGUACAGUGACUUUCUGCUGAACACAAGCAUUCAGCAGCAGUUUAACGCCUUCCGCAAGGGCUUCGAAAUGGUGACGGACGAGUCGCCGUUAAGGCUUCUCUUCCGGCCCGAAGAGAUCGAGAUGCUUGUAUGCGGCAGUCGCGAGUUUGAUUUCGUUGAACUGGAGCACUCGACGGAGUACGAGGGCGGCUACACGGAAGAGUCGCGAAUCAUUCAAGACUUUUGGAGCAUUGUUCACGCCAUGCCAAACGAAUCGAAGCGGAAGCUGCUUGAAUUUACGACCGGCUCUGCACGGGUACCGGUCGGCGGUCUGAAGUGUCUGCGGUUACUAAUUACGCGACACGGUUCGGAUAGUGAUCGUCUGCCCACCUCGCACACCUGCUUCAAUGUCCUGCUGCUGCCGGAGUACAGCAGUCGGGAAAAGUUGGAGGAGCGCCUGCUAAAGGCCAUCAACUAUUCAAAGGGCUUUGGCAUGCUGUAGACUUAAUAUACACUCAUACAUACAUGACCAACGUCCAAGUCCAAGUCUGUCAUCGCAACUGUUACCACCUCUCUCUCUCUCUCUCUGGGACGAAGAAGGAGAAAUUUGUAAUGGGUUUGAGUUCGUUUUGGGUUCUCCCAUUUAUUUUUGAUACGACCUGUUCAAUGAGACAAUAUAUACAUACAAAUAAUAUAUGCUCAAUUUCUGGCGCGAUGGCAAGUGAGCGAGCGAGCGAUCACCGGACGGGUACACGAUUUUGUUUCCCCUCGUCGCCCAAUUAAUUGUAAAUACACACUACAUACCGCAUUAGUGUAUGCAUUCACCUAUGUAAACACCCCACAUUUAAGUCGCAACGCGCUGAAUAUUUUGCUAAAUAAAUUUGGAAGUUGUGCGCCAAA